AUGAAGGACACCAAUCUGUUGAAUAACCCCUUGGAUGUAUACAAAAAAGAGGCAACCAAUGGGGACGAUGUGAAGGCGACAAAGAAAGGCCACGCGAAAGAGGACAGAAGAAAGGACGAAGAGAAGUUCCUCCAUGCUGACUCGCUAAGUGACAUUUCAAUCUCGACCGUGAGCAACAGCACAGGCAUCGACUCAGAUUUAUAUAUGAAUGUUAUCCGGAAAAUUAAAAAAGAAAAAAGGCAAAGGAGACGAGAACGGGAAAGGGAGCGGAAGAACACCCGGAAGAGGAAACGGGGAAGCAGGUCAAGGAGCAGAACGAGGAGCAGCAGUAGAAGCGCUAGAAGCGGAAAAGAGGAUCAACGGGAGCAUCAGCAGGUGCUGGUGGACGAAAUGGACGAGCACGAAGUAGGCACACAGAAGGAGCAGAAAGUAAACCAAAAGGAAGAACAAAAAGUAGGAAAAUGCAAAGAGCGAGAGAAUGAUAGCAAGGAGGAUAUCACAAAAAGGGACAAAAGGGAAGACAGAAAAGAAUCCAAAAGGGAGCGCGAAGGGGUGAGCGAAGGCGACCAUAAAAAGGAGCACAGAAAGGACGGAAGGAAGGAUAGCUAUGGGGAGCAAAGAAAAAAUGACGACCAAGCAGAAGACAGGAAGAAGAGGAAAAAGAAAGAGUCCACACACGAGAAUAGGUCCAAUGAAGACAAAAGGACGAAAAGGAAAAGGAGUUCCAAGGAAAGCUACGAUAGCGACAGAAGGCACAGGAAGCAAAAGGAUGCAGACAGGAAAAAAAAACACAAAAGGUCCAGAUCGAGGACAAGAAGCUCUUACGACGAACCGAUUCCCAAGGACCCCUUCAAUCCCCUCCUCCUGGCGUACGAGAAGAAGAAAAAGCACAGGCACAAGAAAAUGAGCGAUGAAGGAUCGAUCGCCAGCGAUAGGUGGAGGCACGACAGAUAUGAAAGCACAUCUGGUGAGGAACCAGUUGCCCUUAGGGAAGCAAGACCAAAUAAGUCUGACCCCAAAGUGGACUUGCAACACGUGAGGAAAAAUUUGUGGAAGUCUAAGGCGGGGGUAAGAGAAGAAAGCGAAUAA